AAGAAGAGUUAGCUGAUGAUGCUUUUGUAAAUAAAAGAAAAAGAGCAAUAGUUAAUGAUAAACAGAAUAACCAAGAAGUUCAAAAUAUUAUUACAAAUAACCUGCAAGCUGAAUCUUCAAAUGCCACAAAACCUACUAAACAAAAAAAAGAAACGAGAUCCUUUACAAGCAUCUAG